AUGCAAUUACGAACUCGAUACUACCAACGAUACCUCUCAAUGUACUGCAUGGUAUCAUCGGUACACGUCGAUUGUCACGCCUUACUCCGGGUGAGGAAGUUGUUGAGCUUCCUCUCUGUCGUCGUUGGUAUCUUUGGCUGCCCGGUAUGCAUCUGGUGGAUCAAGUCUUGGUACGAGAAUAUGGACAGUUGCGCAGGUUGAUCGUUAGGGUCCCAUCAUUUUUUGAGCGAUACUGUCCCAGAAGAUGGUGCUUG